GCGGCGACGGUUCGUGGCGCUCGAGGAACCGGUCCCGGGCCGGGGUCCACUCGUGGCCUCGGUUGGCGAGUUAGGGGCUUGCGAGGACGCGUUGAUUUUGUCACCACCAGUCAUAGAGAAACCGAUGUGUAAUAUCCCCUAGGCGCGUAUUUGAAACAGAAACAAAGGCCUUGCAGAGGACCGAGAAAUCACUGUUUUUCCUUUUUUCUGUGGAUGGGAGGCAGCAUCACACCGUUUAGGGUUUUGUUUUAUUUUUUUGGCUGGGCUAUCAAGGGCGGUUUUUGGACCCAGUGUUUGGAGUCAGCAGCCUUUAAGGACCCUUCUGUCUUAGGGAAAUCUGCCGGUGUUUCCCAGACGAGUGAUGAUAGUGUCAGCGCGCGGUGGCGGUCGCGGGGCCGGGGAGCCGCUGCGGGUGGAGGAAGCCUCGGGAGAAACUGCCCCGGAGCUUCCAGGGCUGUUCAUACAGCGGUUUCCUCUUACUCGACCCAAUCUUUGUAAAAAAUGGGAGGCAGCUGUCAGAAGAAAAAACUUUAAACCCACCAAAUACAGCAGUAUCUGUUCAGAGCACUUUACUCCAGACUGCUUUAAGAGGGAGUGCAACAACAAAUUACUGAAAGAGAAUGCUGUCCCUACGAUAUUUCUUUGUACAGAACCACAUGAUAAGAAGGAAGAUCUGGAGCCACAAGAACAGCUUCCCCCACCUCCUGCGACACCGCCCCUUUCCCAGGUUGAUGCUGCUAUUGGCUUGCUGAUGCCUCCUCUUCAGACCCCUGAUAAUCUCUCGGUGUUCUGUGACCACAACUACACUGUGGAGGAUACAAUGCACCAGAGGAAAAGGAUCCAUCAGCUGGAACAGCAAGUUGAAAAACUCAGAAAGAAGCUCAAGACUGCUCAGCAACGAUGCCGAAGGCAAGAGCGACAGCUUGAAAAAUUAAAGGAGGUUGUGCACUUCCAGAAAGAGAAAGAUGACGUCUCAGAAAGAGGUUAUGUGAUUCUACCAAAUGACUACUUUGAAAUAGUUGAAGUACCAGCAUAAAAAAAAUGAAAUGUAUAUUGAUUUUUAAUGGGGCAAUACCACAUAUCCUCUUUUAGCUUAUAAAGGAGUUUCAUUUGAAAAAAUAACACUUGAUUACUUAUAUAAAAGCAAUUCAGAAUAUUUUUUAAAAAAAAUAAAUUGGAUAUAUGCUGUAAAAUUAUAAAAAAAUUUUUUGUUUGUAAUUUUAGGAUUUUUACAUUUUAACAAAAUAUUUUGGAAGUUAAAAACUAACCUCAGACCUCCAAUGUAAGUUGGUUCCAAGAUUGGAGAUUUUUGUUUUUUAACUGUUGACAGAGAUAAUGUAAAAAUAAAGUGCAAAGAGAAUGAGAGCAGUGAAGUAAGGGUGGUUUAUGUUUAAAAUUUUAAAUUAGUGCUGUUGACUGAGAGAACUUAUAUUUUAAACCAGAAGUGUGGGUCUGAUCACGGGACACUCAUGCACAUUCGGAUUUGUGGAGUCAGAAAGCUAUGUAUCUUUCUGAUUCAGCUGUUAGGGAUAAAUUGACAGGUUAAUAUUUGAAAAGAUCAGAGCAGAAAAUGAAGAGUCAUUCCUUAUCUAAUCAAUAAAUAACUCUAUAA